UAACGGCACCGCCAUCGCAGUCACUCAACGCGAGCGUGCUGCGGCGGGCGUUCUAAAAACCGUGGUUGUGGCGGCACCAGAAUUUUGUGGGCAAAAAUGUGAAAAUCAUGAACAUUUUUAAUGCUGAAAAAAAAAAAACGAGCAGAAAGAUAAAAUGAAAUAUAAUUUUAUAUGAAACAAAAAAAAAAUGAUUGCAAAUGAUUGAAAUAUUUACGUUUAAAAUAUUCGCUUUUUACUUUAAAUUUAUUUCAUUAUGGGAAAAAAUAAAAUAAUAUAACUGAAAAACUAGCAGUGAAAAUGAGCAGAUUCUCCUAAUCCAGCUUUUUAAUGAGUAUUUAUUGCAAACAUAAAAAAGAUGUGUUUGUAGAAAAGAAAAGAAAAAAAGCAAAUAUCAGCCACAAUUUAAAAUUGAAAUAUUUGUCUGGUUACAAAGCGCUGAAAAAAUUUCCAGUUAAAAUAAUGACACACGCACUUUCAUUAAAAAAAAAUAAUAGUCAAAUAAAAUAAAAAUCAGUUUACCCCCAACCAUUGAAUUAUCCAUGAAAUUCCUACUUUACAACCGACAAAAGUGAUUUUCCCAAUUAAAAAAAAAUAAAUAAAUAACUCGUUAUGCAUAUUUGUAUUUAACUUGUAUAUGGCUGCAACAACAAUAUCUCGUUCCAAUUCCACUUGCAGCACCUACAGUGACUCGGCAGCCGCGUCCAGUGAAACUUUAGACGCCGCUUCGGUAGCUUCGCCCACUAUGACAGACGCUGCUGCACCUUCCGCUGUGAGCACAUCGCUCAGCUACCAGGACGAACAACAGCCGCAGCAGCAUGUGAUGCGCGCACACCUCAGCAGUCAUCACCACUAUCACCUGCCGCAUCAGUUCCAACAUCCACACCAUCAGAAUCAUCAUACGCACGGUGGUGUACCCGUGGCUACGCCUACUGUGCCCGCCAGCUAUGCGGGGACACAACAUCUACUGCACCACAAAGCCACAACCUAUAGCAGCAGUGCAUUGGAUGAGGAUAGCAGCGGUAGCGUGAGUGGUGGUAGUGGUCCAACUCCACCCGCCAAGCCGCCACACAUUCAGGAACGUCGUUCACCGCCCAGCGCGCCAACAACCGCAGCAACGUCUAGUCUUAUGCUGAUGCCAGGUGCUGUGUCGACCACCUCCGUAUCGCCAGGACGCUUGACUGCACGCCUACGUGAUUCGGGUUCACAUCAUCGUGUCACCAUCGAUGAAUCGAAUAUACCAACAUCUUCGGCGGCGAGUCAUCAAUUGGAUAUUAGUGGUGGCGGUGGGGGCGGUGAUGAUGGUGAUGCUGGUAGUGGUGGUGGCGGUGGUGGAGCUGGCGGUUCGGGGCCACCAUCGCCGGGUUCAUCAAAUCGCAGGCUUUCCUCGGCAUUGGGCGAUGACCGCCAGACGGGGCAUUUAGCUUUAAUGUAUCACUCGCAUCAGUUAACCAGCUAUCCGGUGUUGCCGGCCAUUAAGCGGACGCAUCGACCGUCAUUCAUAUAUCCGCCAAUGCCGCGAGUCAGAGCUGGUGAUGCUUUGGCUACACUUUUCUCUGCAUUGUAUGGCAAAUUGUUGGUGGUAAUGGGCAUCGCCUUUCCCAUGGCUGAAGUUAUAUCCACUUAUAUACCACCUUCGUUUUAUGAGGUGUAUUACUUAUACUUGUACAUUGGAAGUAUGAUAUUCCUGCUCUUCAUGUAUGCCACACUGCUGUGGGGUCGUCCGAAAAUCCCGGCAAAUAUAACAUCACCAAGCAAAUCCGCGUCAAAAGCGCGUUCCUCUACUGCCUCGGAUAGUAUGGAUGAAUCGGACACUGACAGCAAUUCGAUGCAUAACAAACGUAUACCGACGGUUAUACCCGCCCGAAGGCCCUCGCUGCUGGCACCGCUCGGUCGACAACAUCACUAUGGAUCCUUCUAUCUGCGUAUGGGUGCAGUGGCCUUCGGUAUUGGCAGCAUGAUUUAUUCGGGCUUGGAGUUUGGCCAGUAUUUCGAAUUGAAUCCGGACACCAAAUGUCACAAUGUACUUUUGGCUUUGACACCAGCGACGCGCAUGGCUUUCAUUUUCAUACAAAUGUACUUUAUAUUCCUGAAUAAUGAGCAAAUCAAAGUCUACCGCUACAAGAUAAUCGCCCGCUUCGGUCUCAUGCAUAUGAUUGGCACCAAUUUGGCCGUUUGGCUGAAUGUACUCAUACAGGAAACGAAACACGAAAUUCUCACAUUUUACAACCCGGAAAAUCGCACACUACGCAUAUCACAUCGCAUUCCGGGCCAUUCGCGCGGACAUGCCAUUGCACCGGCGGUCAUUACAUCCGAUCCGACGGCACAUUUGCGUGUGCCGCGUGGCCUCAAGGGUCCGUAUCAAAUUUUCGAGUGUCGACGAACCAACAUACUCGGCACUCUCGUACAAGAUGCUUCGCCAUUUCUCUUUCCCUGCACCAUUGAGUAUUCACUCAUUUGCGCCGCCAUUCUGUAUGUGAUGUGGCGUAGUAUUUCGCGCCCGCAAACACCAGCGCCACAACGUCCGGAUACGAUCAGUUCGCCGAUGAAGCGUUCUCCACAUCACUAUUCGGUGGAUUGUGCGCGCGCGCACAAGGGUCUCUUCGUUGGCAUACUCAUACUCGUGCUGACCAUCAUUUCGCUCAUUCUCUUCUUCGUGUUGAUCUCGCGACCGGAUUUUGUCGCCCUGGCCGUCACCGAAGUGACCAUCUGUGAGCUGCUCAUCUACGGCACUGCCACCAUAGCGACACUCAUUGGCAUGAUACAAAUAAGGCAUCUGCAGUACGAUUGGUAUCGCAGCUUCUCCUUGGAUGAUAUUCUAUUAGUCGGCGCACAGACUGGCUCCUUUUUAUACAACAUCUUCACGGUAAUUGCGGGACAUUUUACACUACGCAGCGACGAUAUGCUAGUGCCCUUGAAUGCACUCGCCUCCAUUGUGCAAACUGCUUGCCAAACGUUGUUCAUAUUGGAUGCCAGCCGGCGGCAGGCCAUCACACCGGAGCAUAUACGUAAGAAACCUGGACGAGAAAUUGUGACCUUUAUGCUGGUGGUGAAUUUAGCCAUGUGGGCUAUUAGUACGCUGGAAAAAUCACGCGCCGAAUCACAUCCCAUACAAUUGAAUUUCUACGGCCUUUGGGCGUGGACGAUAAUUACGCAUGUCUCCAUGCCAUUGGCAAUAUUCUAUCGUUUUCACUCAACUGUUUGUCUGUGUGAAAUCUGGAAGAGGGCUUACAAACUCAAACCGGCCUAUAUGUGAGAGUUUGCGCGCGAGCGCAUUGCAAGCAUUGCGCAACAGCAACAAUUCUGUGAAGAUCUCAAAACCAAUCUGUCGUACUGUUAUUGCUCGACAACACUGGCCGGUGGCGAACUCGAAACCGUCGAAGAGGCGGAGAGUGGCGAGAGCAACGGCUACGAAGAAGAUGACGAGGGUGAGGAUGGUGGCAAUGGCGACGUUGGUGGCGCUGGUACCGAUACAACCACAGCGGUGCUAGAGGGUGGCACCGGUACCGGCACUGUAGCAACCGAAGAAGAGGAAUUGGAGACAACGGACGGUGAUGAACUGGAAGUGACACAACGACCAAAACAAUCGAAAUCAAAUGGCCGUGAACAGAAAAAACAGCAGCAACAGCAGCAACCCAGACAACGACAUGUCAAGUUAGUGGACGGUAAUGGUGGUGAUGGUAGUGGUGGUGGUGGUGGUGGUGGUUUCAGUGGUAAACCUGCCCCAUUUUGUCCGGUAUUCGUAAUAAAUGGUGAAUGAGUUUACGAGGAUUUUGAGUUCAUCGAUGCGGGUAGCGAUCGCGAGCUCACAUUCGUUUAAGGCGGCAGUGCACAAACAGGCAUUUAGGGCGUUUAGGGCGUGGAGGGACCAUAGGAAAAGUAUAGGGUUUGGAUUAAAAGUACGAUCAGCGCUUAGAUAGAAAACAAGAAGCCGCGAACUUUACUAAUAGUUGUGUUAUGCAUAGAGGGGAAAAGAUGUAGAAUUUCUUUUUCGAAGCAAACAUAUCCUGCGAGUUUAGUACUUGAAAUUUAUUAAAUAAUUAAAUAAAAUAAAAAAAAAUGGCAAGUCAAAUUUUAGCGCAAAACUAAAGUGAAAAGUAACUCAAAAACACCAAAACCAAAAAAAAAACGUAGUAGCAUAAAAAAGUGUAGCUGCUCAAAAACUUGGUAUCUAUGUAAGGCAGAUACCACAGUAUUUUUUGUUGGGACUUGCAAGACCUGUGGUUUAAUGUAGGGAAAUAACCAUAGCCUGUUUGUGAAGAAAGCGCAAGUUUGCUUAUUAUUUUAUAGCUAAAAUCUGGCGUUUGUUAAAUAAAAUAGUGAGUGGUUAAUAUGGUUAAUAUGCUCACAAAAAUGGUAUAAAUCAAAGAAGCAAACUUUUCAAAAACGUUGAACAAUUUUUGAAAAUUUCAAAAAAAUUUAAAAAGUUACAAACUAAAUAAAUA